GCAUGGCAGGCAGAGCAAGGUGCUGACGAGGAUACUGCACGCAUACCUGAAAGCUUCUGGCCCGACACUUCAGCGGGCUCAUCUGCAACCACGUCAGCAGCUGCAGACACGUCAGCAGGGAUUGACUUCUGCUCACUGGCCAACAACCACGUGCGAGACCAUGGAGAGCCUGACACGUGUCAGCACUCGAUUCGCUGGCUGUGGGCGGAAUCUGGCUGAGGCAUCAGCGCCGGCGUUCAUCACGCUCCGCGGUGGCAACAGCUCGCUGCCGCCCAUCCAGCUGGCACUGUUCAGUGCUGCCGACCACUUCAAGUUCUGGGCGGCUACUGAAGAUUCGCCUGGAAUCCACCUGAUAGACCCUGAGAGAGUGACCGAUGCGGACCUGCACCGCAUCGCUGGCCUUGUGGUAGCGGCAAAAAAUAGCACUCACACGAGCACUGCCGGAGAACCGCCACCCUCAGCAGCAGCUUCAGCAACAGCCGCAGCAGCAGCAGCAGCAGCAGUACAACCGCCACCACCACCACGAGAAGCAGCAGCAGAGGCAGCGAGCAGCCUUCCUGCAAGGACCCUGGCAGUGGUGUGCAUGCACUGGGGCCCCAACUACGCCUGGCACCCCAGCCCUGCCAUCCGCCGCCUCGCGCACGCCCUCAUCGACCAAUGCGGUGCCAACCUCGUUAUAGGCACGUCCGCGCACCACAUACAAGGCGUGGAAUACCACCACGGCGCGCCCAUCCUGUACAGCUGCGGCGAUUUCAUCGACGAUUACCGAGUGGACGAGGGGUAUCGCAACGACCUCUCCUUCCUCUUCCACCUCCACCUCCACCCCGUAUCGUGCCGCUUCACAAGCAUCAGCCUCUUCCCCAAUGCCAUUCGGCGGCUGCAGGCGAGCGUGAAUGUGAGUGUGGAGGAGCGGCGGUGGCUGUACGCUCGCAUGCGCCAGCUGUGUGCUGGCUUGGGGACGACUGUAACGCCUGUGGACCGAUCACUCCGGCAGUUGGAGAUUGUGCUGUCAAGAGAAGAGUAG